CAGGACGGGUUGAUGGUAGUCGGAGGGCGCCUGGGCCGAUCGCGCUCUGUCGCGGACUAUCCAAGCAUCCCGUGAUAUUGCCUAGACGCCACCAUGUGUCGCGGCUGGUGAUGAGAGAGGCGCACGAGAAGGUCGGACACCAGGGUAGAGAGCACACAUUCUGGAAGCUGCGCGAGCGGUUCUGGAUUUUGGGUGCCGGGCCCGAGAUCAGAAAGAUGCUGCGGUCGUGCGUGGUGUGUAGAAAGGCGAACGCGCGACCGCAGCGCCAGCUGAUGGCAGACUUGCCGCCGGCGCGCACUGACGCGAACGCUCCCGCUUUCUCUAGAGUGGGACUAGAUGUGUUCGGUCCUAUCUCGGUGAAGUCGGGACGGGGGGAGAAACUGCGGUACGGGCUAAUGUGUACUUGUAUGGUCACGCGUGGGAUUCACGUAGAGAUACUGGAUUCGUUACGGACGGAUUCCAUGAUUAACGGCAUCCGCAGAAUAGCUGCGCGCCGGGGCCCUAUCGAGCAAGUAGUGUCUGACAUGGGGACGAACUUAGUGGGCGCUGAUAACGAGCUUAAGCAGGCUCUUCGUGACGUAAACCGUGUAGAUUUGCAGCGGGAGGCUCUCAAACAGGGGAUAGACUGGACAUUUAACCCGCCUACUGCUUCCCAUUUUGGAUGGUUCAUUGAGAGACAGAUCCGCACUUUCCGAAAGAUUUGGCGUAGCAUGCCCGUUCAGACGUUAGAUGACGAGACGCUACGUACGGUGUUCUGUGAGAUAGAAGGGAUCAUGAAUAGCCGUCCGCUGACGUAUGUGUCGCUCAGCUCGGGUGAGGUAGAGCCGAUCACUCCGUCUCACCUCCUUCUGCUGAGAGGAGGCCGGAUGAUGCCGGUAGAGACGUCUGACUCUGACGCUUACUCGCGUCGCCGCUGGCGACAAGCACAGUACUUCGCGGCUCAGUUCUGGGGCAGGUUCAAGCGCGAAUUCCUGUUGACUCUACAGAAAAGGCAGAAGUGGGACAGGGUGUCUCGAAACCUGAGCGUAGGUGAUGUAGUGCUACUGACGGACGAGGACGCUCCCAGGGGCAUGUGGCGCAUGGCCCGCGUGACGGAAGUGUUCGAAAGCGAGGACGGACUAGUGAGGAAGGUGAGGGUUAAGACCCGGUCCUCAACGUACAUUAGACCGAUACAUAAACUGAUUUUGAUCAGCGCGCAAUCCGACCUUGAGUGGUAACUCAGGUGGAGUGGGGACUGGUGUGGCACACUUGCGUUACAGGGUGUGCAAGAAUUUAGGUUGUAAGUACACAAAGUGAGAAGGUUAGUUUAUUUUUAUUCUCUACCGAACUAUAGUGAGCAGGUAGCUCGGGUGAUCGGUGUGUUAGAAAUAGAUUAGAAUAGUAAACAGCCACUGAAACUCCUACUGACUGUCCGAUUAGCGGGACGUUUGUGUGUGCGGAGAAAUAUCGCGCGAGCUAGUAUUUAAGAUCAGUGUGAAUCGACCGGGCGGUCUGUGUGGUGUUCGGUCAGGUCUAGGCUGACCGAAGGGGGAGUGUAAAGACCGCCCGCUUACGCAUUGCCGGCUCGAUAGCCGGAGUCCGUGUGUGCCCCUCCGGCUGAAAAGCGGCAACUCUAAUCAUAGAGAUGGGCUGCGAGUAGUUUGUUUUUGUUUUGCAAAAUAUAAUUAGCGAUUUAAUUUAUGUAUGCUUCGCGUUGCCACACUGGAUAUAGUAUAACAAUAUUUUGUGAUGCAUUUAUUCGUACUGUUAUUUUCGAUUAGUUACUGUGCGACGCGAAAGUGGAAUAUUUCGCCGGUGACGUGAACUGCGCGGUGGGCCGCGCUCUAGGCGCGUUCUUUCCGAUGCCGGUCUCCGCCGUGAGCGGUCGUGUGUGGCAGGUGUGAACCGCGGACGCAGUGUGCGCCGGGUUCGCCGGAGUGAGGCGUGUGAGCGCCUCGUGAGGCGUCGUGUCUCGAGGCCGUCGGUACGGGAGGCGUCGUGAGCGCCGACCCGAGGGGCGUCGUGAACGCCGACCCGAGGGGCGUUGUAACGCCGGCACGAGAAGCGUCGUAGCGCGACCCGAGGGGCGUCGUGAACGCCGCGGUGCGCCGCCCAGGGCGCAGGAGCGCGGUUUUCGCCGGAGUCGGCGUCAGCGCCGUCAGUGGCGUGGAGGCGCCAAAGGCCGGUAAGAAUUACCUAUUGUACUCGUUUAUUUUCACCGGAUGUUGUUUCUUUACCACGCCUGAUUAUUGAUGACUGGCCUAUCGAUUGAUGCGUGUUGACCCAUGUGAACGGCUGCUAACGGGCGUAACCCGGUGCUGUGUGCACGUGCAGUGUGAGGCCCAACUUUUGAGGGCCAUUCGGGACGAUUUCCGUGGUUGUGUGUUAAUUGAUUGUAUCGUUUACAGAAACUAACACGAGUAGAAUACACUGCUCAGUAUUCG